AUGAUUGACCAAUUUCUAAUUUUCAGACCAACGGGCCAAGUCGAGUUCAACUACCAGCCCGGAAAGAACCUUUCCAGUGUAGUGAACACAUUUAUUGACGACAUUCUCGUUUCAGAGCGCAACUUGAAGACUUUUCAGCAGGCAGAGAAGGACGACGCCCAGGAGGUUCAGGACGAGGAGGGAGUCACUGUGGGCAGCUACCAUGUCGACAAAUACAGUGUUGAGUAUCUCUCUGUCAACCAACAACACACAAAGCUGGUUUUUGUGAUGAUCCACGUUUCUGUGCUGGCCCUCAAGUCUCCGUUUGAUUUCCUUCGAAAAAUCAAAACCUUGUAUCUGAACUCGGACCCUGCCAAAUUUGAGCAGUUUUUCAAAUUAAACCUUGAAACGCUAGAGGAGAAGAAAGAAGAGGCCAGGGAAGAGCCAAAGCCGGAGCUCAAGGAGGACAAGAAGAAAUUGAAGGGGAACAAGAAGUCCAGAAAAUGGAACGCUGAUGGAACGUUUUACGAGGAAAACGAAGAAACUUCAGAUCUGGAUUUCUCCACGGACUCGUCAACCCAAAAUCACGGGUCUGCUAAUCUCAAUCAGCUGGUGGGUGACAAAGCUCAUUUUGGAUCCAAAACCAAGACAGGCGAGUUCUUGGUAAGCGAUCUGUCGCAAGAAAUGGACAAGAUCUUGAAAGAAGAUUACAAAGGAGGACAUUAA